GGCAAUAGUUGAUUUAUGUACUUACGAAGAUUUAUAAAAAGUACAUUAAUAUUCGAAUAGUGAGUGGAUUUAGAAAUGGAUCUAAACAAUCGCAUUAUGUUAGGCUAAAUGGCAUCGCCUGACUAACCUCAUGAAAUUUCAGCGUAGUUUGAAGUUUGUAGAAACACAUAACGCGCGCCAGCUAACCUUGGUUUUCAUCAAAUCUAUAGUUCCACUUUAGUAUAUGGGAAUUCAGAGAUCUUCUGCGGAAUCACCUAUGGACGCUGACUCUACAUCUGUCAGGGUCGCUGUGAGAAUUCGACCUCAGAGUGCUAAGGAGAAAGCUGGAAUGAAUCAUAUAUGUACUACAGUUGCCUCGAAUGAACCUCAAAUAGUUAUUGGAAAAGAUGCUACGUUUACUUAUGACCACGUUUUCAAUAUGAACGCUUGUCAGGAUCAUAUCUUCCAAACCUUGGCAAAGCCACUGAUUGAUGGCUGUAUGGAUGGAUAUAACGCAACAAUAAUAGCUUAUGGUCAGACGGGUUCUGGAAAAACAUAUACUAUGGGUACUGGUUUUGAUUUCAACUGCAGCCACACGGAUGCUGGGAUCAUUCCGCGUGCUGUCCAGUAUUUAUUUGCUAGUGUAUCAAAGCGCAGAGCUGAAGCCGCUGCUGAAAAAAAACCAGUUCCUGAAUUUAAGGUUGUGGCGCAGUUUUUGGAGCUUUACAAUGAACAGUUAGUUGAUCUACUUGAUUCUGAAAAAAUUCAAAAGCCUCAUCUAAGAUUGCAUGAAAACGCACAAGGGGAUAUAUAUUUGACUGGUGUAUCUACUAGACUUGUAUCAGAUUUGGAUGACACCCUAAAAUGUCUUCAUGAUGGCUCACUAAUCAGAAGUACAGCUAGUACUAACAUGAAUAAUCAAUCCUCUCGUUCCCACGCUAUAUUUACAUUGCACAUUAGACAACAGAGAUUAUUAAAAUAUGAAGAGGAUUCCAGUGGACACAAGAAAGAUGUUCAGUCGGACGCAGAUCCUGAUCGUAAUUCUACAGUUACUGACCAAGUGCCUGAAUAUGAAACACUAACUGCAAAAUUCCAUUUUGUCGACCUUGCUGGCAGUGAACGUCUUAAACGAACUGGUGCUACUGGCGAUCGUGCCAAAGAGGGUAUAUCAAUCAAUCGCGGUUUACUUGCUCUCGGUAAUGUCAUAUCUGCUUUGGGUGACAAAACAAAACGAGGCUGUCAUGUGCCUUAUCGUGACUCUAAAUUAACCCGUUUGCUUCAAGAUUCUUUAGGUGGAAAUUCUCGCACAAUUAUGAUCGCCUGUAUUAGCCCAUCUGAUUGUGAUUUUUUAGAAACUUUGAACACCCUUAAAUAUGCUAAUCGCGCACGUAAUAUACGUAAUCGUGUCACUAUGAACCAGGAUAAAACAAGUAAGCAGUUGGCGACAUUACGCACCCAAUUGGCUGCUUUGGAGGAAGAAUUAAACGAAUACAGACAAGGUAGACGACUUGCAGUAACAAAUAAUUCGGGAAAUUCAAGUGAUUUAUCACGUGAAAUCAACAUGCUGCAGUCUGAAAAUGACAAACUUCGUCUUCGCGUUAAAGCAUUGGCUGUUACUGUAGAUGCUUUAAAAGUGCGAAAUGCACAACUACUUGCCGAUCAAGAGACAUGUUCUUGGGCAACAUUGAAAUUUCGGUUGUCUGGAGCAGCACAUACCAAUGAAUCUAAUGAACAAACAAGCAAGGUAGAAUCUGAUAGGUCAUCAUCACUUGGUCUCAUUUCUGCUGAUGCAGAAGAUUUUCGUCAUCUUGUUGAAAAGUAUACCGUGGAAGUGGAAGAACUACGCACUAAAUUGGCGGAAGCUGAGGCACUAGUCGAAUUCAGUCAACGACCGUACACUCAUGCUUCACCAGCUCAAAUUAGUCGUUUAUCAGAACGUCGAUUUGGUUCAAAAAUUGAUUCAGUUUUUACACCGAACCGUGUUGCCUUCACAAGCAAUGAAUUCCCAGACCUUGAUUCUAGCAUGUUAGCUGCUGCCGAAGCGGGAUUAUCUGCAGUAAAUACUUACUUCAGUAAUGAAGUACAAGUGGAUGAUAACACUAUUGAAUCUAGUUAUUCUCACAGGCAGCGCAAACGGCGACGCAGAAAGAGGCAGAUAAUCAAUACACAGAGUGAAGAACGUAAACCUCUUAAGUCGAAACUUAAUAAUGUUGAUGUGCAUUCUGAUGUGGAACACUCCGAGAGUGUUGAUUCUCAGAAAAGAAGACUGCAUAAAUUUUUAGCCAAUGACUUAGAUGGAGGCGUAACUGGCGAUGAUGAUGAAGACCGUGAGAAUAAAAUGACUGGAACAUUGAUUGGUGUAUCUGUUGAGAUUGAAAGUGGUAAUAUGGGCGACGAAACUCUUUUAGGCAACGUAAGUAUAUCCAGUAAUGAUUCAGGGGAUAAACAGCGUGAUAAAAUGGAUGAUGCUACAGAAUUCACGGAUUCGUGUUCGGACACUGAUAUAGAUGAUACGAACGAUGAAAAUGAUAUUUUAACAAGUAUGGAUACACAGACAGGUAAUAAACUUCCAUCUGGAUUAAAGGAAGCUCGAUUACAUCAGAGUUUAGCUCACGUAUCAUCAGAAAUCGAUUCUAAGCAAAGACUAAUUGCAGAGUUACAAUCUAAAGCUGCCGAACUUGAUCAUUUGAAAAAUCAUUACGAACGACAAAUGACAAGUCUCCAGUGGCGUAUUAAAGAAACAGAGCAUGAAAGAGAUUCGGUAAUGGCUAAUUUAAGCCAAAUCGAACAUACUGGUGAAGAACGUUUAAAGCGUACUCGAGAAGAGUUCGAAAAAAAGCUAUCUGCAUUACAAGAGGAAGUUUCACAACUCCAUCUAGCUCGUCAGGAACAAAUCCGACUAGAACGACAACAAUCUAAAAAAAAUGACGAAUUACGCCAAUUAAGGCAAGAACUGGAACAACUACGUCGGUACAAAAUUGAGUUAACCAAGCGUUUAAGGGAGGAAACACAACGUACUCGUCAUUUAGAGGUCUUGUCAGCUAAACGCGUUAUGGAACUGAAAAAAGCCAAAUCACAAGCCGAUAAUCAAAUUAGAUCAUUGGAAGCAGCACAUUCAGCUAAAGAUCGUGCAUUGCAACAGAAACAAGCUGAGUUGGAUCUCCUCAAACGUAAGAAUAUUGAACAACAGAGACAAUUGUCCUCCUCAUUUACUAAUCGCAUGACUCAAAGUGUAAUAGGAAUAACUGGAUCAGGUUGGAGUUCACUAAGCAAACCAGUUCGUCGAACUUCAUUGACUGGUUCAACAUUUAAUCGAAGUCGUUUAUUUGGAUCUGCAAAAGUUAAAUGGGCUGUAGUGUCGCAAGAAUUGGACGCUGAUGUUGAACGCCUUCAAAAGUCAGCACGUUUAGAACAUGAUCUUCAAACGUGGAUUCGUGAACGUGAAUGCUUAGGACGAAGGUUAAAACGUUUACAACUUCGUAGAGCUCGCAAUGAAGAAAAUGCAAACAAUGAUUCUGAGGAAGUCGAGAAUCCAAGUAAACUAGCUGAAUUUGAUGAACAAAUAAGAAAUGUUACAGCACAACUCGAAUCUGUUCAAGACGCUAUACAGGAAUGUCAAGCUAGUAUUAUUGAAUUUGAAAAAUGUGGUUCUAAUUUAUCAAAGAUCACUGAAAAUAAACCUACAAAAUCAAUUGUUUCACGACAAGAUCUCUCUUCAAGUAACAAUCAGUCAAAUAAUAUUCAUGCAUUAUUCUCAAGCUGUACGUUAACUGAAGCACGCUUUCUGCUUAGCAAACUUUUUGACACAGCUGUCUCUCGUGGUCUACUAGCCAGUCGGUUGCAACAGAAUGAAAACCAACUACGGGCUACUAUGUUGGUCAAAGAACAAGAACGAGAACAAGAACUAGAAAUGCUUAAGUUAGCAAUUCAGCAAUCUGGAGUAUCAUCAGAUAAUGUUGAAGCAAUAUUCUCUGGUAACGAGCGCUUAAUCCGAAGGACAAAUUCUUGCCCAUAUCAUGGAACAUCAAAUGUCACAGGCUGUGAAUGUUGUGGUUGUGCUGUAUUAUCGGCACCACUUUCCUCGGAAGAUUCUUCAGACGGUAUACAGAAUGAUGAUAGCCAGUGGCAAGAGGAUUCAGUUAAUUUCACUAACAUUUCUCACCAUAUGUCCCACUCAAUGUAUGCGAAUAUAGAAUUAUCGAACUCAUCAAAAUGUGUUUCAAAAGCAACAGAGGGGCCUGGUUCUAGUGGUAGUUACAGUGUCUCAGAUAAUAAUGUCAACAGUAGUGGUUUUAGUCAGGGAAUUAUUAGCAAAGCUAGACGACGUGUACUACAAACUGAAGAUGUGCUUGGUGUUUCAUCAAAUUCAUUCUCAACAAUUUCACAAUCGUCAAUUUGUGAUUCCAUGCCUCCACCUAGUUCCACUUUACAUCGGCGUCCUCGCACUGCCCACAGUUCAUGUGUCCUACCGAAUAAUUCAUCUACUGUUCGUCCUACUUGCCCCCUAAGUGCUGGUCAGUCACCUACAACUAAACGACGUGUAGCGACAUCUGUCAAUUUAAACUCUGGUGCAUCAAACACGCAAAUUGGUUCCACACGUACUAACAUUAGUAAUGGAUCUAAUACAAUGUCAACUUCUCUCAUUUUACCAAGUAUUAACAAUACUGAUAGCAUGUCAACUGAAACUAAUGAUCCGAUCAGUCCACCAAAUAAUAAAGUAAUUUCAGUAGGUUCUUCUACUGCAGUCAAUGAUGUAUUUAAUCGACUAACUAGUGGAAUGUCAAAUUCACCAAAUCCAAGCAGAGGUUCUAUACAACCUUUGUCUAAAAUAAAUCCAAGUUUGGUAUCCAGCGUCACUAACAUGAAUUCAAUGUCAAGUUCUAAUGCUUCCAAUCAAUCUUAUCAAUUAGCACCUUUAUCAGCUAGUCACUGUUCGACCACUUUAACCGUCCCAAUUAAUAGUUCAUCUGGAAACUCUUCGAAUCAACCUUUGGCUGCAUUUUUCACCUCAUGUUCUACCUCUCAAUUAAUGCAUGCAUCUAAUGGUACUUCUUGUCAUAUUUCUGCUAACGUGAAUACUACAGGUUCAUCUAUAGUUCAUCAGUCUGUUGGUUUCGCUCCACCAAUUGAAUGUACUCACAUAGCUAAAGGUCAUUCAAACGCCGUUCUCGAUAUUGAUGUAAUUCAUGAAGUUAUGAUAACUGGUAGUAAAGAUCGUACUGCGAAAAUUUGGGAUUUAGCUACUAUGGAAGAAGUGGACACAUUACAUGAUCAUCCGAAUAAUGUGACUAAAGUUAGAAUGUGUCCAUCGUCAAAUUUGAUUUUUACUGUUUGUUCUUACUUCAUUAAAGUUUGGGAUCGUCGUGAUGUACGCCGAUGUAUUCGUACCCUGUUAUCGAGUGGCCUUAGUCAGGAAGGUUCUUUAGAAACGAAGGUUAUGCGUCGUCAAAAUAUUUGUCCACCUGGCGAAACGAACAUUAUGGAUAUUACCCUUGGCGGAUCUAAUCCAUCAUUAAAUCAUCUAAUGUUUUCAGCAACUGCCAAUUCUGUAAAAUUGUGGGAUUUAAGACGAUUUUAUUGUGUAGGAAAACUACACGGUAGUCAUCAGGCCCCUGUAAUGGUAUUGGCUGCUGCCCAAACUCCAUGUAAUUCUCCAACCGCUGAUUCAGAACCUAGAUUAACCGUAGUUACUGGUUCAAAAGAUCAUUACAUAAAAGUGUUUGAUGUUUCUUCAACGACAUCUGGUUUGCUCACACCUACUCUUGAUUUGGAACCACCACAUUAUGAUGGAAUAGAAUCUCUAGUUAUCCAUGGGAAUAUUUUAUUUUCCGGUUCAAGAGAUGCUGCAAUUAAAAAGUGGAAUUUAGCGAAAAAUGGUCGCCAAGAAGUAUUACUUGCACAAGCUCAUAAAGAUUGGAUACAGGGUAUGGGUAUUACACACGAUGGGACAAAUCUUAUUAGUGGUUGUCGUGGUGGUACACUUAAGCUUUGGAAAGUGGAAGAUUGUACUUGCUUAGGAGAGAUUAACAAUGCACACGAUGGGGCUAUUAAUUGUGUGAGAACAUAUAAAGAUCGUGUAUUCACUGCUGGCAAUGAUAGAGAUAUACGAUUUUGGAAAUUUAUCAGUUAAUCUGGUCAAAUUAACUGGAUUAUGUUGCUAAACAUGCGAAACACCAGGAGUUAAAUUUCAACAAAUAUAACUUUUUUUAUUAUUAGCUUGCUUGAUUACAUAAUCAUUUUCUGUGAUAUCCAUCGUGGUCCAGAAUCUUCUUCCUUUUAAAUUACCACCAGUGAUAUUUGGAAGUAAGAAAAAAGAGACAGAUUAUUAGGUGCUUCAUAAUAUAUGUGUGUGACUAAAUGUCAUUGCUAACUCUGAAUCAUUCCCAUUAUAUACAUGCAUUAUAUACUUGUAAAAAUCUAUGUAAAUAAUUGUUUUUAUGAAUGUGCAUUUCAUUCUAAAUUAACUAAUUAUUUAAUUAAUCAACAAAGAAUACCGAUGCAUUUAAUCGAGAAAUUAUUAUUUAACUAAUUAAAUAAUUAUUAUCAUUAUUUGGUUGUUUCUUUUCCUUAUAUGACAAUUAUAUCCGGUCGUAUAAUAAUAAUAAUAACUAUUCUGUGCAUCUGUGCGAGAACCACAUUUAUUUUGCCUUUUAAAUUAAGAUUUAGAACAAAGCGGAUACUUAUAUAUAUUCUUCCUUCUUCACACAUACACAAUGUAGUUAUCAUUACAUUUUCCAGAAACAGUUGGUCUGUGUAUUCCUCUUCAUUGUUUUACAUUGACAUUUAAUAUGUUCACGACUAUUAUUAUUGGCUCUGGAUACGCUUUAUGUAUUUCUAAAUUUCAUUCACUUGUCGUACACUUUGAGUUUGUUUGCCCUCGAUAUAAAUAUCUAUAUGUAUAUUGAGUUGAACUGACUCCUUUUAGUCCCCUCAUGUGGUCCAUUUAUUCUCUAUUUAUUUUUAAAAUAUAUACCCAUAUAUCUCUUUAUCUAACAUAACAUGUCAUCCGCGAUUUUGUUGUCGUCUUUUUAUGUAUCACAUGAGAUAUCUAUUCGAUACAUACUAUCUCAAGUUUUAUCCAU